AUGAAGUUUUCACAAGUGCUAUCUUGUGCUCUCGGCGCGGCGACCACAGUUUCCGCGACUCCGCCCCUUAUUGCCAAGCGAGCCCCAACCGAUCCUCUUCCCAACGAAAAGUUUGGAUGGUUCAGCACGAUCUCAUUGGAGGAUGCAAGGUCGGGAAUCCUGAAGUCGCACAAUGCUUCAUCUUCCACUGGUGAGCCGAAGAUCGCCCCAAUUGACGAUCCAAUCGAUAACGUGAUAUCUGUCGCGAUAGGUUGCGACAACCCAAACCAGCGAUUUGAAUGGAGAGACUACUCAGACACCGAUAGGCAUGCAUUUGCUGCAGCCUUCAAGUGUCUGAUGGAUGCGCCUUCGUCCGGCCGUUUCCCACCAUCACAGAGCCGAUACGAGGACCUGGUCCGCGUUCACCAGAUGAUGGCCAAUACCAUUCAUGGCAACAGCAUUUUCCUUCUCUGGCACAGAUACUAUGUCUGGACUUUGGAACAGAUUUUGAGGGACGAGUGUGGUUUUGACAGAGCUUUCCCCUGGUGGGAUGAAACUCUUGAUGCUGGUAACUUUUCUAGCUCUUCCAUCUUCACGCCCGAUUUCUUCGGGUCACUGCGGACGUCUACCAACGACCAGUAUAUCUGUGUUACCGACGUAUACUUUGCCAACGCGGUUGCUCACAUUGGGCCGGGCUCGGGUUUCCAAGACCACUGUCUCUCCCGCGCUGUCGAUGAGUCCCUGACUGCCCAGUGCAAUAAGAAUUUUGUCAAUAUCUGCAAUUCACGCGACAACUAUUCCGAUAUGGAGAACUGUGCCGAGCUCGGUCCUCAUGCAUACGGUCAUAACGGUAUCGGUUCCGUCAUGGCCGAUGCGUCCUCGUCACCACAGGAUCCUACUUUCUUCCUUCACCAUCUUUUCGUCGACCGCAACUUCUGGCUGUGGCAAGACGGCGACGCUUCGCGCAAGACCAAGAUCAACGGCUGUAUCGACAACAGCAGUCCCUGCACACCUUUGACGCUGGAUACUGUUAUUAAUGUGCAAGGGCUGAGACCCAAUGUCACGGUCAGAGAUGUUAUUGAUACACAGAACGGCGUCAUAUGUUACUACUACACGUACUAA